AUGUCAGACAAAUCAACUGCGGAGGAAACCAAGCGGACGCUCGUGCAGCGCUUCCGAGCAUGGGGUGAACACUCGAUGCCUCCGACCCUGCUCGCUUCACUCAUCUUUGCGCAACAUGCACGCCCGUACCAGUUCUUCCCCAUGCUCUUUCCGCCCGCCCUUCUUUUCACAAGCUAUGCCAAUAUUUCGGGGUUUAAAACAGACUCAGCUGGUAUAAGUGCCGCAUGGUCAGGCUUAUAUCUACUCUUGGCAAGCCGUCGGCGACAGCCUUUUACAAAGAAAUUCGGAGUUCGUGGAGCGGUUCGUGGAGGAACAAUGGCUCUUUGCUUGGUGAACAUGAUCGGCGGCGGACUUGCAUAUACACUUGGAAAGCGUGAGAAGGAAGAGAAGGAAGAAUAA